CCGUGGACAUAAUUGGGCCCAGUGGUUUCGCUUUCGUUGUUAGAUUUUCAUAGGACGUUAUCACGGUGCGUGACUCGUUCGUCUCUCCUGAGGGAGCAUGAGGACGUCCAUUGUCGCCGCAUUGUUCUCGUAGCUGGUAGAAAGAUCUCUUCCUAGAUCUUCAAUGGUCACUGAGGUUGCCCUGGAAAAUUCACGAAAGCCAAUUUCCCCUCGUGUGCGUGCAUCAACAAAAGUGGCAUAGGAGUGGAUAGACAAGAGGACCUCUCUUAUAUGACUAUGGCUCUCUUACUGGUGAAAAUAAUAUGGGUGCAAGCAAAUGCAAUUACGACACAUGGAAUUGUAAGCGCGAACCUACGAGGUUUUUAGCCGUGACGACGACUGGCUGGCAUAAUCGCCGCGGCGAAUGCUUAGUUUCGCGACAGUAAUUUGACCAGAAAUCUCUCUUAGGUUCGUUAAUUUCGCUCGAGGAAAUUUCCUAUUUGUCGAGGGUAGGCUAGCGCCCGUACAAAAACUGGCGACGGGUUCAAGGAUUCGUCACACGUAGUUUUGCGCUCGCCUGCAAUUAGUCGAUUCAACACCUGCGUAAACGGAUAUAAAUUAUGGCGACGGUAGAAGUGACCACUUUGUUCUUUCUCUCCAUGCUGCUCACUACUAAAGCAACUAAUCUCAACUCUGAUGUAAACUCCAAGGCUUCAAGGACUCACAGUAAAACAUUUAAUCAUAGUCCAAAAGGUGGACUGAUCUCCUUUAACUCUGAGCAAGAAAAGCUUCGCAUCGACUGGGCCGUGACUAUCCCCUUCAUCUCGAUACCUCUAAAUCACAGGAUUGGAGAUCAUGGGGAAGUUCUGCCACUGCUCGACGUUAACACUAAAGCUCUCGGAUUCGUUGGCCUCUUGACCACCAUCUUCAGCAUUGCUACGCCUCUGUUUUCAAAGAACCACCACCCUCAGCUAAACUAUCGCUCAGAAGAUAACCAGCAAUGGUCACAAAUAAAGAACUCCCUCAAUGAGAUGGUUUUUGGUAACAACUAUGUGGCACCCUGUUUGCAACGCGUAGUUUGCUCUAUCGUUUCAGUAGCAGCGCACAGGGAAAGCCCAACGAGUAUGGACAAGAUAAUCGAUGGUUUAUCAAGUCAUGAGUGGUUCAAGGACGUAACAAAUGGCACCAUCAUCCAAAACGCUGUGAACGUGGGACGAAAAGGAAACCGCGAUUGCGCUCAUGUUUAUAAAGAUUGUCUGAUUACUCCCAAACUUCUCAAGACCAUGAUGAGCGAAUUGGGAAUCGUGUGAGUGAAUCUAUCUGAAUAAUACACACCAAAACUCUUACACAACAUGCUAUUUGGAGCAAAAUUUUAAUAUUCGAGUAUCCUCGUUAUAUUUUUGUAUUGUUAUGUAUGAAUAAACUAGAAAGAGAAUAUA